AUGACUUCUGAUCAGGACACUAAGGUCGUGGCUGAACCGCAGGGCCAGCGAGUCCAGGAAGGGAAAGACAGCGCUCAUCUGAUGAAUGGUCCCAUAUCUCAAACCACUUCUCAGACCAGCUCCAUCCCAGCUUUGAGUCAGGUACCGACAGCCAAGGUUUCAGAGCUAAACCCUAAUGCUAAAGUGUGGGGGACCCCCGUGCUGCGUUUGGAAGCGGGCAGUGCGGCGGAUGGCGGUGUGAGUGCAAACUGGGAGGAGCCGGCUGGGCCUUGCACAGCCUGCGGCCAGGAGGGAUUGGAUGCCAAUGGUGAUGGUGACAAAGGUCAUGAGAGUGUGGCGCUGUCGGAUUUGCAGGAGCCGGACCGACCAGCUGUGAGCACGUCGGCUCUGGACCGCUCAGAGUAUGAAUCUCCGCCGGAAAACAGCGAGACUGGAGGAAAUGAGUCUCAACCAGAAACCCAGGAGGACCCCCGAGAAGUACUCAAAAAGACAUUGGAGUUCUGCUUGUCUAGGGAGAACCUUGCUAGUGACAUGUACCUUAUAUCGCAGAUGGACAGUGAUCAGUACGUGCCAAUCACCACGGUAGCUAACCUGGACCACGUCAAGAAGCUCAGUACUGACAUGAACUUGAUUGUUGAAGUGCUGAGGUCUUUACCUUUAGUCCAAGUGGACGAGAAGGGAGAAAAAGUAAGGCCAAAUCAGAACCGCUGCAUCGUGAUACUGCGCGAAAUCUCCGAGUCCACCCCUGUGGAAGAAGUAGAAGCACUGUUCAAAGGAGACAAUUUACCGAAAUUCAUAAACUGUGAAUUUGCCUAUAAUGAUAAUUGGUUUAUUACAUUUGAAACAGAAGCUGAUGCACAGCAGGCUUACAAAUAUCUUCGAGAAGAAGUCAAGACUUUUCAAGGAAAACCAAUUAAGGCACGGAUAAAAGCAAAGGCAAUAGCUAUAAACACGUUUUUGCCAAAGAACGGAUUCAGACCUCUGGACAUGAGCCUUUACGCGCAGCAGCGCUACACGGCCUCCUUUUACUUACCUCCGGUCUACGGCCCUCAGCAGCAGUUCCCCCUGUACAGCCUGAUCGCUCCCCAGACGUGGUCGGCCACACACAGCUAUCUUGAUCCGCCGCUGGUAACUCCAUUUCCAAAUACUGGAUUUAUAAAUGGGUUUACGUCUCCAACCUUCAAACCUGCAGCGUCUCCUCUGACUUCGCUCAGACAGUACCCUCCAAGAAGCAGGAAUCCUAGCAAAUCUCAUCUACGCCAUGCCAUUCCCAGUGCAGAGAGAGGACCUGGACUGUUAGAAAGCCCUUCGAUAUUUAACUUCACUGCAGACCGUCUAAUUAAUGGCGUUCGGAGCCCACAGGCACGGCAGACAGGUCCUCCUAGAACACGGAUACAGAACCCUCCCGCCUACGCCAAGAGGGAGGUUGGGUCUGGUCGCGUGGAGCAGAGCAGCGCGGAAUCUCCCCCUGGUUUAGGGAGAGGGAGGAAGAAUUCCUUUGGUUACCGGAAGAAACGGGAGGAGAAGCUGACAAGGAGUCAAACUCAGUCUCCAACGCCACCAAAGCCCCCGUCCCCGAGCUUUGAAUUAGGACUGUCCAACUUCCCUCCGCUGCCAGGAGCGGCAGGCCACCUGAAGACUGAGGACCUGUUUGAAAACAGGCUGUCUAGCUUCUUAAUUGGAUCAUCAAAAGAAAGGGGCCUGAAUGCGGAUGCAAGCACGAACACGCUCCCUGCAGUGAGCCCCAGAGAGCCCUUAGCGCCAGCUGCCUGCACCCUGUCUGCAGCCUAUGGGCGCUCCCCCUCCCCCUCCCACCUGCCUGAGGAUCCCAAGGUGGUGGAGAAGCAGAGGGAGACCUCGAAUGUGGACAGACUUCCUUCUGCCCUCACUACAACAGCGAGUAAAUCGGUGCAAGUGAAUGGCGCUGCCACGGAAUUGCGAAAACCCAGCUAUGCGGAAAUUUGUCAGAGGACGAGUAGAGAGCCUCCGUCUUCCCCGUUGCAGCCCCCGAAAGAACAGAAGCCAAAUGCUGUUGGUUGUGGGAAGGAAGAAAAGAAGCUCGCCGAGAGAGAGCCCUGUGCCCCCAAGUCCAACCCGGGACCACCCAAAGACCAGAGGAGGCCGCCAGGCCGCCGGCCCUCGCCCCCAGCGGCCGGGAAGCGUCCACACAGAGAACAGAGCACCCCUCCCAAGUCCCCUCAGUGA